AACUUCUUAUUAUUGUUUUGCGUAUUUGAUGACGAAAAUCAGUGAUUGGUACAGCCCUAAAUUGGACUGGACUGCACGUGGAAUACAUGCACAACUUGCGCGAAUUGACAGUAUCUUAAAAUUGAAAGACCCGGAACUCUCACGUCAUUUGGUCAGUCUGAACAUUACAAAUACACUCUAUUUGUUUCGGUGGGUGACACUUUUAUUCUCUCAAGAAUUCACAAUUGAAAAUGUAUUACUUAUAUGGGACUGCAUUUUAGUCGAACCGACCGGAGACUUUGUUGGGUGUUUGUCUGUCGCGAUGAUUAUAGAAAUCCGAAAGGGGUUGCUUUCGUCCGACUUUACGGGAUGCCUUAAAUUAUUGCAAAAAUACCCGACUACUGUUAAUAUAACAAAUGUUAUUAAAAAGGCUAAAAAUUUGUACACUGAGAGAAGUACCUUCCCUCCAUUAGUAGAGCCACACAUUUUUACGAAAAAGAGUGGUGACAAGAAAUAG